CCCUCAUCCUUUUCCUCCAUCGCACCUCGUCUUUCACCGUGUGACGCUUCAGCCCGGAGUCAGCGUGUGCACCCCGUCUCUUUGCCCGGUUUGGGACCGUAUGCUGCCCACUUCGACUCGAUGGGAACCUCGGCUUGUCCCCGGAGCGUCAGACGUUAGCGAAAAGAGGCUGCAGGAGCGCACAGAACAUGAUGAAGUUGGUGCUCCUCUUCGUGCUCUCGGCUGCAUCUUGCCUCGCCACCAUCAGUGCAUCAAAUGAGUUUGUAUCCUUGGCGGAAAUGGAGGACUCCCUGUUGAAGAAUCUCUUCCAAGGCUACCAGCGUUGGGUGAGGCCCAUUCAGCAUGCCAACGACACCAUCAGAGUCCGCUUCGGUCUCAAGAUCUCCCAGCUGGUGGACGUGGAUGAGAAGAACCAGUUGAUGACGACUAAUGUUUGGCUUUGGCAGCAGUGGAUUGAUUACAAGCUUCGUUGGAAUCCAGACAAAUACGGAGGCAUUACUUCCAUUCGAGUUCCAUCCGAAAACAUUUGGCUCCCAGACAUUGUCCUGUACGAAAACGCUGAUGGCCGGUUUGAGGGCUCUCUGAUGACCAAAGCUAUUGUCAAGUACAACGGGGUCAUCACUUGGACACCGCCUGCCAGUUACAAAUCGGCCUGCACCAUGGACGUCACCUUUUUCCCCUUUGACCGCCAGAACUGCACCAUGAAGUUCGGCUCUUGGACCUACGACGGCAACAUGGUAGACCUUGUUUUGAUUGACGACCAAGUGGACCGGAAGGACUUUUUCGACAAUGGCGAGUGGGAGAUCCUCAACGCCACGGGCGCAAAGGGAAACAGGAAGGACGGCCUGUAUUCCUACCCCUUCCUCACGUACUCCUUCAUCCUGAAGAGGUUGCCGUUAUUCUACACGCUCUUCCUCAUCAUCCCUUGUCUGGGGUUGUCUUUCCUGACUGUGCUGGUCUUCUACCUUCCGUCUGACGAAGGCGAGAAGCUGUCGCUCUCCACCUCUGUCCUCGUAUCACUCACUGUUUUCCUCCUCGUCAUCGAGGAGAUCAUCCCCUCGUCUUCCAAAGUCAUCCCGCUCAUCGGCGAGUAUCUGCUCUUCAUCAUGAUCUUUGUCACACUCUCCAUCAUCGUCACUGUGUUCGUCAUCAACGUUCACCACCGCUCGUCGGCCACCUACCACCCCAUGUCGCCGUGGGUUCGCAACCUUUUUCUUCAGAAGCUGCCGAGGUUGCUGUGCAUGCGAGGUCACAUUGACCGGUACCACUACCCGGAGCUGGCUCCUGAAAGUCCCGAAGUGAAGCCACGAUCUGUAGGUCGGAGAGGUGGCCAGAGGGCCAGCGCUGGACAGACCACUUCCGAUGGAAAGGAGGACGAGGCCUGGGCCACCAUGCUGGAGAAGGCCAUCUACUCGGUGCGAUACAUAAGCAGACACAUCCGCAAGGAACACUUCAUUCGAGAGGUGGUUCAAGACUGGAAGUUUGUGGCCCAGGUGCUAGACAGGAUCUUCUUGUGGGCAUUCCUGACUGUCUCCAUACUUGGCACCAUCCUUAUCUUCACUCCAGCUCUGCAUAUGUUCUUCAAAAUACCACCACCGAUUGCAAGUGAGGAUCCAACUGCAAGCUCACAGCUUUAGGACAAAUCACAUCUAAUUUCAGUCUAUAAAUCAGUAACAAUAAUUUCAUGAUAGGAUGUCUGUUAUCCGUGUAAUAACUGUGACGCUUAUAUUUAUCUCAUACUGGUCUUCCACACAGUUUCUGUCUGAAAUUCCCGUCCCCUCAUUGUGCUCCCUUACUUAGACAGAUUUCAAUUGUUUUUUUUCCCCAUUGGUUUUUACAUAUAUAAACCUCACUUUUUUGAAUUACAUUGAUAAGUCAGUAUCACUUAACUUGAAGAAUUCAUGUAAUAAACGCAACAUAUUGAACAUAAUUUUCCUCUUCCAAUAUGUGCUACAAGAAGCAGCAAACCUAGGUCAAAAUAAGUAGUGCGUAGGCAAAUAUUCACUGCUGUCUUUGCUUGAAAUGUUGAUUUUCUGCAUUUGCACACAGUGAUUACAAAUAUAUUGCAGCUAUGACUUAGUAUAGUAAAGUUUUGGGGUCUUCUAAUGAAUCGUUUUAAUCAGUCCAGCAAAAUUGCAACGUGAUGCAUGCAUGGUGGUCAUUUGCAAACAAUACAUCAAAAUAUACCAGAUGCAAGAUUGUCAGUAUGUGACAGUACCCUCUACUGGUCACUCAAAGAUGAAGACAGCUGUAUUUCUUGCCUAUAGGAAAAUAUUAUUUUGAAUCCUGGUAUGUAUGCAGUAUAUGAUUAGUUUUUGCUCAGAACAGAAUCACCACUAUUUCUGUAGUCCAUCAUAAUCACAAUAAUAAAAACAAUAUAACGUGGCAA